UAGAGGGGCUGAAGCGGAAAACUACAAGUCGUACAUCUUUUCCUCAGCCGGCAUGUAAAUACUCUCUUAUUUGCGCGUUGUAUUUAAACGCUAAUGCUUAUUUCUACCACAAGGACAGUACAGUUAAUCCGCUGUGUGUAGCGUACCGAAAAUAGCUAAUUCGUUGUGAGGUGGAUUUUAUUGUGUGCACUAAUGAAACAGUGAAAUGCUGCCCACGGGUCCAGAUUUGCGACUUCUCAGGCUUUUGUCCUGUUUUGUUUUACUUUUUCAAGUCACAAACGCGAAGAAGGAUUUAAAAAGCGCUUGUGUGACCUGCCAACGGAUUACUGAUAAUUUCCAAAAGGGUUAUGAGAGAACUGCUACGCAGAAUUUUGGUGGAGGCAACACAGCCUGGGAGGAGAGGAAGCUGUCCAAAUAUGAGACAAGUGAGAUCCGACUGAUGGAGAUCGUGGAGGGUCUGUGCGACAGUAGCAGCUUCGAGUGCAACCGCAUGCUCGAAGAACACGAGGAGCUGUUUGAGACCUGGUGGUUUAAAAGGAAAAUGAAACAUCCUGAUUUGCAUAAGUGGUUCUGCAUUGAUGCCAUCAAAGUGUGCUGUCCAAAAGGCACGUUUGGGCCUGACUGCAACGCUUGCGUGGGAGGCUCUGAGAAACCGUGUCACGGGAACGGCAAGUGCGACGGUGACGGGACCCGCGGAGGGGACGGCAAGUGCACGUGCGACGUCGAGUACAAGGGGGACUUCUGCCUGGACUGCAUCGACGGCUACUUUAACGAAGUGCGCAACGACUCCUUCUCCCUGUGCACCGAAUGCCAUUCCUCCUGCAAGACGUGCAGCGGGGCGACCAAUCAGGACUGCAACGAGUGCAAGGAUGGUUGGGAGGAAGAUGACCAGGAAGCCUGCAUUGAUAUAGACGAGUGCUCCAAAGACUCACCUCCAUGUCAAGAUGAUCAAUACUGCGUCAACACAGAAGGUUCCUACUCCUGCAAAGGUUGUGAUAGAGAGUGCGCCGGCUGCACAGGAGCCGGCGCAGACAAGUGCCAGACGUGCGCCGGCGGCUACCAGGAAACCGAGGGCACCUGCGCAGAUAUCGAUGAGUGCUCCCAGACAAAGUCGGUGUGCACGAAGGAGCACCAGGAGUGUGUCAACACCAAAGGCAGCUACAAGUGCGUCUGCUCCGCCAGCUAUGAGGACAAAGAUGGCGAGUGCGUCCAAAAGCCACAAGAAGACCAAGAAGAGGAGCCCGCGGUAUUGGAGACAGAUCGGAAUCCUCAUGAAGAGCUCUGAUGAGAAAAGCGGCACUGACCAGAAAAAAAAAACUGUGGGGGAAUAUUUGAUCCUGCUCAUUGUAAAAAAUACAGGACUUAAACAGCAGCAAAAAAAAAAAAAAGAAAAAGUUUUCUACCUGUGGCGCAAGGAGUCUUUGAGAUUUUAUGCCGGUGUUGCUUGUCUCUGUUGUGCAUUUGUCCUUAUUUUCAGUGUUGUUCUUUUAAAGGUCAAGUGUCAUCCCUAUAAACAUUCUAAAAUAGAUAUUGUAAUGAAAAAUACAUUAACAUUAUUCACUUCAAUGUCUACACGAAAAAAUAAAUAUGAGCGGAGAGCCCGUCAUCCACCCGCAAAGUUGCGGAAGUCUCAUUCGACAUCCAGGUGGUCGCCAUAUUGGCUGCAUCUUCUGUCUGUGACGUCACAACUGGGACGUUCGCUAUUGAAAACAUGCUGUGCUCCUACGAUGGGAGACGAACACGCACCUUCUGACACAACCGGGUGAAGUUACCGGGGCAAUAUUACCCAUACCAUACCCGAGCCAUAUUUAGAUGACAUGCGGAUCACGGCCAAACCGCCUUGCCGUGGCGGUGAUAAAAACAACGCCGGCCAGGAGCGACCACGCCGCCGUGGCCAAACCGCCUCCCCGUCCGAUCCACUCCCGCUGAUCCCACUGAUCGCGGCGGACGAGUCACGGCUUUGGUGGUGGCUCGUCCGAAGCCGUGCUCGGUGCCGACGGGUACAUCAACACGUUUAGCACCCGUGACUUAGCUUUUGUUACAUUCUGAGAGGAUUACCCCCCCCCACCCCCAAACUAUGAUUUGCCAGGGGGGAAGCACCUUUCUCCUCCUGCAUGUGGUCAAACCACCUCCGCAUUGGGGCGGAAGCCUUCGCCGGUGAUCCCGACGCGCACAUUGACACAUUUAGCACCCUUGUCAUACAUAUGCGGAUCGUUUGUUA